ACUAAGUAGUGAAGCAUGCUAGCUCGAAACUGUGCCUUACGUUUCGGCAACAUUAUUAAAGAAUAUCUAAGUAAUUCAACUCUGCAUGGAUUGAAAUACAUUGUUGAAGAUGGCCGACACUGGACCGAGCGGUAAUAUUGUAAAAUAUGUGUCGCAACAAUGUCGGACGUGAAUGUCUUCCCACUAUAGUUUAGCAUCACUUAUUCCCAAAAAAUGCUUUCACGUCCACCAGUGCUAUUUUGGAUAUUUUUCUGCGGAUUGAGUUGGUGGGGUUGUAUCGAAAUGGUAUCGGGAGUCCUCAAUGAUUUCACUGACAAUUCGAUAGCAAUGACUGUAGAGACCACCUAUCUUGACUGGCAAACGAAAUUCCCUUCCUUCGGCAUGUGUUUUCAAAUGUCAUCAGAACUGAAAGCUUACCUAAUUGCAAAUAAGAGUUUUGAAUAUUCAAGAUAUGCUGCGGAUCUGCGCAAAUUGUUCACCUAUUCCGCGCUGGGGUAUAGUCACAAAUCAAAGCUGAAGAUAUUAAAUAAACUAUCGGCAACAGAGCUGAUGGCACUUAAUGACAAAGUCAGAGUCAACUGUACCGAACUUUUGGGAGUCUGUCGAUUCAAUGACAUAGUUUUCAACUGUUGCGAUGAAUUCGCAGGGUUACAAACCACUGCAGGAUAUUGUUUAAUGAUCAACUCUCGUCAAGCCAAGCCUGCAAAAGGAAGAUCGGUUGACUUUAAUGUGAAUCGGACCACAGGGGCCGGCGUGUUGUCCGUCAAUUUGACAAAAGCAAUGGACACUUACAGGUUUUCGGUAGAUGUAAAGUUCUACUUGUUGAACGACGUACAGAUACCUUCGAUAGUGAGUAAUGCCGACAAGGAGGUGGCAGGGCUUGUCGGUCAUAAAAAUUACUAUGCGAUCACUCUCCAGGAUGUCAACAACGAGGACGGAGUAAAACACGUUCCCAUUUCUCAGCGAAAAUGUCGGUUCCCAUUUGAGAACGAAGAUAACUUCAUCUAUGAUCUGUACAGCUACGAUGUAUGCGUCACAGAGCAGAUGCAAGUCGAGCGCAUGUUGCAUUUAUGUGGUUGCGUGAACCACUAUUUUCCACGUAACCCAGAAAUGCCGGUGUGCAAUUAUACCCAGUUAGAGUGUCUCUUCAAGGAACGAAGUUCCAUCAUCAACAUUGCCAUUGGUGGCAAUACGCGAUGUUACUCGGACUGCGAGGAACCGUUGAUAGUCUCCGAUGGGACUGGCAUUCCUUCAAAAAAGCUUUCUUGGAAUGGAACGACCAUGACUUUCCGCAUGCUCCAUGUGCCCACGAUUCGUUACCGGAGAUACAUUCUUCGCGGGAUCCUCGACGUCUUAGUGGAAAUUGGAAGCGCAGCGGGUCUUUUUUUGGGUGCCAGCAUCCUCAGCGUCGUGGAAAUCCUCUAUUGGUUAUUACUAAAGCCGGCAAAUCCAUAACUCGCAAUCGUAUGAUAUUGCAAGUGUUUUUCAAGAUAUCUCGGAAAACUUCUGUAGGAUUAUUGGUGUAGAAUAAUGAAUGCGCGUGUGCAAGCAUAUAAGUAUGCAAAAACAUGAAUUUAUAAAAUUCAUUAUAUAUUUCCAUUCUCCACGUUGAUUUUAAUCCGCCAUUUAGUUUUCCCGCCAUUCUUGUGAUUUGGUGAUUUCUGGUGAUUUGUUGUAUCAAUUCUGGUGAUAUGAUGUCAUUGUAACUGGAGAUCAGAUGCUACGAUGUAAUCGAUUUAACGCAGUAAUUUGAUGGCUUUAAAUACAUUUGCAAAUGUAACAAUAUACUACGAUAUAUACAACAAUA